CGGCGGCGUGGUUUACCAUCCCUUCCCUUCUCAACCCCACAAAAUCCACACGAGGUUAAGGAGGCGGAGGCGGCGGCGGGGAACUCAGGGGAAAGAUGGAAAGCGGGUCAGGGAAGGGGACGGAGGGCGGUUCCGGCAAGGAGCAGGAGAUGCAGUUGGAUCUGAGGGGCGAUCUGGGCUAACUCAAAAAGAAGCAGAUGAGGAAGGAGAAGGAACUAUCCAAGAAGACGGAGAGCGAGUCCGGGAAGGGGACUGAGAUCGAGUCCGGCAAGGACCAGGAUGAGAAACUCAGGAAGGAGCUUAAGAAACUCACCAAGGAGUAUGAGAGACUCAGGUUUGAGUUGUCUCAGGAGGGGGAGGGGACGGUGCGGCAUUUUGACAAGAAUCCGCGGCAGAGGAAGGGGAUGCUGAGGGAUCUGGAGAUGGUACUCAACAACAUAGAAAUCGAGUUAGGGAAGGGGACCGAGAGGGAUUCCAUCAAGGAGCCGGAGAUUGAGAGGGAUUCUGAUUCCGAUUCUGGCGAUGAGGAUUCGGGGUCCCUCAUAAGUAUGGAGCCCCAACCCCAAUUGGGAAUCAGCAAGGGGACGGUGAGGGAUUCCAGCAAGGAGCCGGCGAUGGAGAGGGAUGAGAUGAAGGAGCUCAGCAAAAAACAGAGCAAACUAUUGAAGCAGAAGCAGAGUUGCAAAGAGUUUUCAGGGAAGCACCAAACCCUGGUAAAGGAGCUCAUCUCCGCGGAGAGGGAGCGCACAGACUUGCUUGUCUCUAUUACCCCCACGUUUUCUCUCUGGAAACAAGUGGAUUCUCAAAAAACAUGGCGGAGACAGCCAUACCCUGCAGCUAGGGAUGAUGGGGAACAAGACCUUGCAGACUACCUCAACUCAAUGCUCCAAGCCAUGGAGGACAUGGGCCAUCGGAUGCUAUCUAUGUUGGAUUUUCUCAACAAAUCCGAUUCUCCAGGGCCCAUCUGCUUGUACAAGGCCAGCGAACUGCACACUACUGCUGUCAGAUUAAAUAUGCUCAUCUCCAAGGAAUUCAAUACGGACCAGCACCCGGAGACGAUGCAGGUGCAAGAGGAGGAGGAUCUUUCCGUCGACUUGUUGAGUCUUUUCACCAAGUAUUCUCAGUUUCCAAAUAAUUACGACAACACAUUGUUUAUGGAGGAGGAUGAGGAGAAAAAGUAUGAGGUCGCUAAGGUUGAAGAGGAGGAGCAGGACAAGGACCAAUCCACAAUGGAGUAUCUCAAGGAAAGGAUGGACAUCGAGCAACAAUUUUUCGCCUAUGACCGGACAUACUGGGAAGACGUGUGGGGCAGCAGGAUCGGACGUUGCGGUAGAUUUAUGGAUACAACCAUACUGAGCCCUAUGCAAUUUACACACUACACACCUGGUGGCAUCCAUUCCCCUGCUGCUGUCGGCGGUACUACUCUGCAGAUCUAUUCAGUCAAGAUAAAGGAUUUAAGAGGCUUGAACUGGCCACUCAGAGUGUACGGUGUGAUUGCUGCUCGAGACACUGUGGAUCACAACCGCAACAUUUUAUUCUCUCGGUCAGAGUUUAACUACCAAGAACUCAAUGAACAAGAUCCUUGCUUAUGCUUGACUGGUCCGUCUCGUGCCAUUGUUGUUUCGGGACAUAUUGACUUUGAAGUUGAACUUCAAGUAACCGAUGCAGCACAGUCCCAAACAUUGAUCAGCUGUAGAGAGCGUUACGGCAGUACAGAUGAUUUUUUUUCUUCCUUGGCCAGCGUCACUGAUGGUGGUGAUGGACGGACUUUUUUGCUCUCCAACCAGAGCUGUACAACUGAGGUAACCCUUGACCAACUUGAUAGAUCACUCCAAGCUACCAUCGUGGGUGUACGUGUUACCAAAGGGCAUUGGCCUUUUAAGCAUGGAUGCCGAGUUGUUUGCUGGUGGUCUUCUGCUGCUCCGAUAUGUUCCCGUGACACCACUUGUAGGCGAGUUGUGCUGUUUGAUCACCGUGGUAAAGGAAUGCGUAGAGGAUCAGAUGGGUACCUUCAUUUGUAAGGAAAGUGAUUUCCGUAGAAUCAUAUGGGACACUGAGAGUGAGCAUUGAAGCUUAUGGCAAGUCUGGUCGCCAUAUUGCUCGGAAGGAUAGUAUUGACUUUCCUGUUCAGAAGUGUCAAACAAAGACGCUUACUUGUCCAGUUGGUGAUGGUGGCGCCACCGUGGAGGUUACUGUAGCUUGGUCGUUGCUUGUGAAGGAAAAGAUGUAUCUCUCACUCGUUGAUUGUCCUAUGUAAGGUGUAUCACCGAUUGCCCUGCCAUAUAGUAAUGUAAGGUGUCAAACUGACUUGUGUCUAUCAUCAGAUCAUAUAACUAUCUAUGUCGGAGAUCAUAUAACGAUCUAUGUUGGUGCUGACAACAAUUUAUAUGUUGUGAAUCAUUC